AUGAAUAUCACAAGAUCUUAUUGCACGUUUAAUGGCAAAGAAUUCCAAGAAAACUUYAAUUUCUAUGGACAGCGCUUCCAUAUAGCUUCAGUUGUGUGCGCAAUAUUUGGUUGCAUUUUAUCGCCUCUCGUUGUCUUUAUGAACGGAGCCGUGGUCAUUGCAAUUGCACGGAACCCCUUUCUUCACAGCCCAGCGAAUGUAUUGAUAUGUCUGUUGGCAGUUGCUGAUUUUUUGGUCGGUUUUGCUUUCUUACCGAUGCAGACGAUUUGGAUGCUGAAUUACACUCUUAAUAAUUCGUGUUGGUUCUACGGUAUGAUGGUGGCAACUGGAUGGAUUUGUUGUGGCUCUUCUUUUCUUACAAUGGUAGCUGUAAGCGCUGAAAGGUAUGCCACAAUGGUGACUCCAAGGAAACUUGCCAUGACAGCAGUAUGCAUUUGGACUUUUAACAUUCUCAUUGCAACUCUCUACUUGUUCUCUUACAUCAAACUUGCACAGUAUCUUACAAUUGCCUUCUUAACUCCUGGCAUAAACUUCAUUAUGUUUUCUUACUUCCGUAUAUUCAAACUAGCAAGACAUCAUCGGACUCAAAUCAGAGCUCAACAAGUGAAUGCUGGAAGURGCACACAGGGAAAUGCACGGCAAUAUAAGUUGGCAAUAACUAUGGCUUAUGUAACUGGAGUGUCCUUGGCAUGCUACACACCAGUGUGUGUUGCAAGUUUGUUGASUAUAGUCAUUGGAUACACGGUGUCUACUAUCGAGAUGUUUUAUUUAACAAUGACUUUGAAUACUUUGAGCUCAUUGGUUAAUCCAAUCUUAUACUGCAGUCGAUCUCAAGAACUUAGAAGAUGCAUUGCUGCCUCGAUGCCAAUUAUAUGCAAGAAAUGCAUCAAUAGAUGA